GGGAGAUUAAUUGAAAUUUGAUUAGCCUUCCGGUUUCCGUACUGUCUUCCUGAAACCAAUGAUGGGGCCUUCAUUAAGCCUCCAUUAAACCUCUCUUCUUCCCCCCUUCACUCUUUCCCAAACCAAACCAACAAAGGAAGGCCAAAAAAAAAAAAAAAAAAAAAGAGAAAAACUCCGUCUGCACAGAAAAAGAGGGAGACCAGAGCGCCAUUCCGCGCUACCCAACACUCUCCCUAAUCCCUUCUUCUUCUAUUCCCUCAGAGUAUCUAGCUGCCAGCGACGGUUCUUCUUUCCAACAGAUUUCGUCAUCGGAAUUCCCCCUAAUCCAUGGCGGAUCUGUACGGCGCAGCUCCAUCUCCUCCUGCUGCCUCAGCCCCGCCGCCGCCGCCUUCCGAGACCGAGGAAAUCUCGUCGUUCCUCCACCAGUUCCUCCACAACACUUCUGCCGCUUCCUCCUCCUCCUCCCCCAAAUUCAUGUUCCACCACCCUCACUUCUCAUCUCCACCGCCGCCUCAUCACCAGCACCACUUCCCACCUCCCCCGGACGCCGCCUUGCCGCUCGAGUUCCGGGAUCGCCACCAUCACUCCAACUCCGACUCCCCGCUCGGUCCCAACUCCGGCGUCAAUUUCUCCGAUCCCAGACUCUACUUCGGGAGGGAUUCCCGUGGAAUCGAGAAUGCCGCCGCCACGUCAGCGGCGGGAUCGAAGAAAAGAGGCGUCUCCGUGGAGAACGAUCUCGGCUCUGGCGAUUUCAGCUGCGACAGCGGGGGCGGAGAAGGGUCAGAGAUGCCUGCGGAGACAGGAGGAAAGCCUCGAAGCUCGUCCAAGAGAAGCAGAGCAGCAGAGGUUCACAAUUUAUCCGAAAAGCGGAGGAGAAGCAAAAUCAACGAGAAAAUGAAAGCUUUACAGAACCUGAUACCAAAUUCUAACAAGACGGAUAAGGCAUCGAUGCUGGAUGAAGCAAUUGAAUACUUGAAGCAGCUUCAGCUGCAAGUCCAGAUGUUGACAUUGAGGAACGGAUUAAGCUUACAUCCAAUGUGCUUACCUGGACUACUACAGCCAAUGCAACUGCCACUGACAGGAUUGAGUUUCGAAGAAGGAAAUGGACUGAUGAAUAAUACCACUCCAUUAACCGGUUCCUUCUCUGCAACUGAAGAAACCUCUGCUGCUCAACCUGGUCUUAAUCUUCCUAACCAGUGUACAGGAUCGAGCCAGGCACCGUCUGGAACAAAUAACAAUCCCUCUUCUUCUAAGAACCCUUUUGCCUUUGAGCAGCCGUACCAUGUUCUUUACGGGUCUCUUAAUGUAACCUCAUCAUCUCCGAAGGAAAUCUGCAGGGAAGGUACAACAGCAGCAGCAGGAGCAUCACAAGUAGAUACGACCGAGCUCUGAAUACCUCUUCGUCAGGGGUUUCGUAGGUGACACCUCUUAAUUAACACUAGCAGCAGGAUCAUCGACCCAACAUUUUCCUUCCUUUCAUUUCUCGGUUCCUUCUCUUGCGCUGAAUAUCAUAGAAGCUGCUGCAACUUUAGUUCUGAAAACUGCUGCUGCUGCUGCUGACGUUUCACAUUUUUUGCCUUUUGAUGUUGUUAUAAAGUUGUAAAAGGGUAUCACAAAUUUGUGAAAGACAACAAGGACAGCCCUUUUGUUAACUUGAAUAGAAAUGCUGCUCUGUUUACCGUUCUUCAAUGACAAAUAGCUCUUGUAGAAAGUUAGCUAGGAAAUUUUCAAGAUUAAUGGAAGGGUUAGUUACAUUGCAUUAAUGAAGCGUCGGUGUGGCAAAGCAGAGCAAUUAUUGGUGGGAGUGGGAGAGAAGGUAGUAAACUUGGAAAAAAAAAAGUCUUUAUGGGUGAUGGGAUGAGUGACGUUCACUGAAAACGAAAUCAUUUCUUCGACGCAACAACCGGAGAAAAGGCUUCUCUGAAACUUGGACCCCUCUUCUUGUAAGAACUAAGAAGGAAGAGCAGGGAGGGGGAAAAUGUAAGGAAAGUUCCAUUCUCAAUACUUUCCGUUACUUUCUUGCACUUAUUCAAUAUUUGAUGGG